CAGCAUAUAAAAACAUCUUCUUUUCUUUCUCCUCUCCCACAACAUUUACUUGAAGCAUUCCUCAGUCCGUGACGUGAUAGGAACAUAGUUUUCUUGGUUUCAUUCAAUGCAAAGCAGCCAUGCCAGAGCUCUGUAAUCUGCCAAUCCACAUCAACGGUGAACAGACAUUUUUUCUGAAUGAGAAGAUUCUAUCAACAUAUUCAGGGAAGUUGAAGAAAAUCAUCAACCAAGAAAAGAAAAAAAGCCAGAUCAACAAAUCGGGUAUCGAAAUCCUCGACUUCCCGGGAGGCGCAAACGGGUUCGAGCUGGUUUCUAGAUUCUGUUACAACAAUGGCAGAAUCUCAAUCACAAUUUCAAACGUGUUCCUUCUCCACUGUUGUGCAGUCUUUCUUGGCAUGACUGAAAAGGUUUCAUCCUGCAAUCUCUUGCAGCAAACAGAUUCCUUUCUAGAGGGAAUGCUUUACUGGCCGUGGAGUGAUAUACUUGUAGGCUUGAACAGCUGUGGUUCAUUCUUUACACAUGCUGAUUCAUCUGGUCUUGUGCAAAAGCUCAUAUUUGCACUGUUAUCAAGGAUUGCUCAAAAUUCAGAUACAAACUUCAUCACUUCGUCUUCUUCAUCUUCAUCUUCUCCUGAAACUACUUCUUUUAGAUUCUCCUCCUCAUUCAAAGCCACCCCUGAUUCAAUCAAGCCAUCAUCCUCAAGCAGAGCAUGGUGGUUUGAUGAUUUGGCCAUUUUACCCCCAAAGAUCAUUGAAAAAGUCAUUCAGAGUCUGGGGGCUUAUGGGACUGAUAACAACAGUUUAUUACUCACAAAAUUUCUCCUUCAUUACCUGAAAACUGCGGCUCAAAAAAAAGCUAAUAAUAAUGCAGACUCAAGGUUUGAGUAUAGUUCUCUUGCAGAUACAGCUAUUCAUGGUGUUAUUAUGGUGGGAAGAAAAGCAUUUUCUUGCAGAAGCCUGCUUUGGGUUUUAAGGGUCGUCUCUGGUUUUGGUCUGACGAAAGAUUACAGAGAUGGGUUGGAGAAAUUGAUUGGAAGUAUGCUUGACAAAGCGACACUAGAUGACUUGCUGGUCUCUGGGAAUGACAGGGGUGUUUAUGAUGUUAAUCUAGUUUUAAGAUUGAUUAAGAUAUUUGUUAGUAAUGAUGAAAUGUCUAUAUGCAAGAUGAAGAAAGUUGGUAGAUUGAUCGACAAGUAUUUGGGUGAGAUAUCCCCUGAUCAAAACCUUAAGAUCUCUAAGUUUCUUGGAGUAGCAGAGAGUUUGCCAGAUUCUGCAAGAGACUGCUUCGAUGGAGUCUACAGAGCCAUUGAUACCUAUAUUGAGUCUCACCCGAGCCUCUCGUCUGAGGAACGAUCAAGACUGUGUGGAUGCCUUAACUACGAGAAGCUGAGCCUUGAGAUGUGUAAAGAGCUGGCAAAGAAGCCUAGAAUCCCUCCAGGGAUCGCCGUUCAGGCGCUCAUAUCCCAACAGUCGAAAAUACGACCGAGAAAGGAGUUGGUUUAUGGGAGUCCGACCACAGCAGGCAGUUCCCGAAUGGUCCUGUUCAACGGCAUUGGCUGCGCAGAGAGUUUGCCGGAAGAGAACCAAGAUAUGACGCUAAAUCUAGAGCGGAUGAAAUGGAGGGUGGUAGAGUUGGAGCAAGUGUGUAGGGAGAUGAAGGGUCAGAUGUUGAAGUUGGUUAGGCAUAAUGUCCUGGCCAUUGAUCCUGCAGCUCACACUAGAUCUUUGCCCAGACUUUGUUGAUCAAUAUAUAUAUAUAUAUAUACCUCUUUGAAGAUGUAUGUUUUUCCACUCUAAAUGCUUUUAUUCAAGUGUGAUUUUGUGAAUUAUAAUAUAAUUUUGAGGAAUUGUUUUGUAGCCACUCCAGCA